GCAGCGCACAGUGAUCGAUGCGCGCUCUCGACGCGGCUGCUCCUGUUGGACGAGUCCAGUCUACCACGGAUUAAAUAAAGCCGUCAGUUCCUGAGAGAGGGGGAGAGGGAGAGAGAGAGAGAGAGAGAGAGGAGACAACUGGCCUCUUGUUUUCUUUUUUCUUCUUCCACCAGUUCAACUCCCAUCGCAGGCUCUGCACACUUCUGAUUCGAGGAGGGGGUUUUCCCCUCAGAGUUCAGCCACCGGCUCACCUGCUGCACACGCUCCACCAUGCUCCCCCGGUUUACUUCCGUCCUCUUUCUCCUCUUCCUUCCCCCUAUCUUCUCCUCCUCACGCCCCCAGUGGAUACUCCAGCGUGUCCCCGUGGUCCUCCCACAGAACACGGACACCCGGCCGGCCCCCCACUUCCUGUCUCCGGCCCGUCUGGAUGUCAGCUCGCCCUGUGACCCAGAAUGCCACAAGAGAGCGCCGCAACCGAGCUACUGGGACCUGCGGCGUAUUCUGGCCUACGAGACUCUCCACUCCGAUGGCCAACUCACUGAGACCGCCAUCGGGAUCUAUGGUUACAAGCCCGACUCCAACGUCAGCCCGGCCUACUCCUCCAGGUCAUCUGGGAAGGCCGAGAGGUCACGUGUCAGGAGAAAGCGACAGAUCUUCGGCCACGACGGGCGCUUCAGCAUCGCUGGACAGAACUUCCUGCUUAAAUAUCCGUUCUCCGUGGCUGUCAAACUGUCCACCGGGUGUUCUGGGACCCUGGUGGGGGACCGUCAUGUUCUCACCGCUGCUCACUGUGUUCACGAUGGUAAAAACUAUGUGAAGGGAGCCCAGAAACUCCGGGUUGGAUUUCUAAAACCCAAGCACCGAGACACUCAACCGCUCGUCGUUUACCUCCCCUCCAACUUCACCAACCACGUUGAGGGUGGUCCCGCUCCCGCCAACCCGCCAACCAACGACAAGAUGAAGUUCCAGUGGAUCAGAGCCAAGCGCACCCAUGUUCCCAAGGGAUGGAUUAAAGGGAACGCCAAUGACAUUGGGAUGGACUAUGACUACGCCUUGCUUGAACUGAAGAAACCUCACAAACGCCGCCACAUGAAGUUGGGAGUCAGCCCGCCGGCUCAGAGGCUGCCCGGUAAACGUGUCCACUUCUCAGGAUACGAUAACGACCGUCCGGGCCAGCUCGUGUAUCGGUUCUGUCGGGCCGGCGAGGAGACGUCAGACCUGCUGUACCAGCACUGCGAUGCGCAGCCCGGGGCCAGCGGCUCAGGGGUCUACGCCCGGAUGUGGGACGGGCGGCGGCAGCGCUGGGAGCGGAAGGUGAUAGGUGUGUUUUCUGGGCAUCAGUGGGUGGAGCGACUGGGGGCAUCUCACGAAUUCAAUGUCGCGGUGAGAAUCACGCCUCUCAAAUAUGCUCAGAUUUGCUACUGGAUAAAAGGAAACUUUGUGGACUGCCGAGAGGGCUGAGGAAAACAAUAGGCCCACUACAUCCUCAUGAAACCUUCCUGGACUAUCGAGGGGCCACGAGAAUUCACACUUCUCACCCCACUACUUGUAGCACUGAUAUAACAAUAAUUAAAAAUAUUGCUUGUUGCUCCAGUUUGUCAGAUGCCAACGUCAGUAGGGACAAGACAAAUCGAGUAACGGCACUAAGUUAUGUAAACGGGAUGUGUUCAUUAAAUUUCUACUUAGUUCUGUAAUGCAUGAAAAUGUUAAGUUUCAUUUUUGUUAUUUGAGCGAAACAUGUGGGUUCGGGUGGUUUUGCAGAAUAGUUCUGUUUUUUUCCCCCUGCGAUGUUUUACUCCUAAAACAGCUGUUUCACUAAGUGUCAUAUCCUCUUUUUUUCUUGAGCUAACACUAAAGAUUGCACUGUUCAAACUUUUUCUACUGUAAAUGAUUUUUUUUUGGGGGGGGGGGGGGGGGGUUUGUGGAUGAAUGUACAAGUCAGCUACCAAAGGUGCAGAGAACAGUUUCUCUCCAAAACAAUUAUGUAAUCUCCUCUCACUGGACGCACUCGUUAUCCAUCAGCACAGUUUACUGUCGGCAACAAUAACAGUGAACAACAUUCAACUUGUCGCACACAGAUUGAUGUCAAGUGACUCCAGAUGCCGAGGCUGCAGAUUACAGCAGCACAUGUUAAAUGUUCUACUCUGAUGCUUAGCUCCCCCUAGUGGCAAAAAUAAAACAUUGCAGGUGUCCGCAAAGUACCGACUUCCUCUAGGCACUUUUUUUUUUUUUUUUUUUUUACUUUCUCCUCACAUUUGUGAUUGUGGCAAAUUUAAUGAAAUAUACGCUUUGAAAACAUUCAA